AUGGACAGGGAAGCCAUGCGUCGGGCUCAGCAGACAUCUCGUGAUGCUUAUUUACGCAAGCGUGCUGCUAUGCGAGAGAAGGCAGCAUCUGUUGUCCUGCAGGAGAAGAUCACUGAGAUAGAGGCCGGAGUGUUGCCCAGUUCCUUUACUGAAAUUGAGUUGUUAAGCAAGCGUGCUCAAGAGGUGAAGGCUGCUGAGCGGCUGCAGGUUGCAGCAAACAUGCGACAGGAAAUAAUCACGCUGGAUGGGGGACCGGCUCUUGGAGAAAAGCGCCAUCGGGAUGUGGUGGUUCCACCGCUGAUCCAGGAGGAAAUGAUUGUCCAGGAGGAUACGCAGAGACACGCGGAGGCGUCUCACGGUUUUGUGGCGAUGGACAAAGCCAUCAUUGAUGAUCGCAUCGAGAAGCAUGAUUACACGGAAGAAGUGACAGAAGAGGAGAUAAAGCGUGAGCGCACAGCGGCGCUACAAAAUCAGAACCGCCGGUUGCAGGAGCAGCGCCGCUCUCUUCCCAUUUAUCAGUCGCGUGGUGCACUUCUUGAAUUGAUUCGGAACAAUCCCGUGGUGAUCAUUGUGGGAGAAACUGGUUCAGGUAAGACAACGCAGCUGCUUCAGUACCUCUACGAGGAGAAUUUACACGAACCUGCCCCACCCACGUCUGCGAACGCGGAAGGUGUGACAUCUGAACCCGUAGGGGAAGUGACACAAGGGAAGCGACUUAUAUGCACGCAGCCGAGGAGGCUCGCUGCCAUUAGUGUUGCCGAGCGUGUAGCACAAGAAAUGAAUACGCGAUGUGGUAGCAUCGUAGGAUACAAGGUGCGUUUUGAUGACCGUACUGGGCCGCUGACACGUGUUCUUUUCGUGACGGAUGGUAUGAUGCUGAAGGAAGUUGUCGGAGACCCAAGCCUUAACACAGUCGCCGCCAUCAUGGUGGAUGAAGCCCAUGAAAGGUCCCUCAAUACUGACAUACUCCUUGGACUGCUAAAGGAUAUCAUACGGGGUAACAAACAGUUGAGGGUAAUUGUGGCGAGUGCGACAAUAAAUGCGGAUAAAUUUAGCGACUUCUUUAAUAGAGCACCCAUAUUUACAGUAAAAGGCCGCUCCUUUCCCGUUGAUACUUCGUACAUCACUGAACCAGUUGCUGACUAUGUGAAGGCCAGUGUGGAUUGUAUACUCAUGCUCCACGCUACGAAGCCGCUGCCAGGGGACAUCCUUGUCUUUCUUCCAGGACAGGAAGAAAUCGAAAGUUGUGCUGCCGCCGUUCGCGAGGCUCUUGUUGAGACCGCCGGUCAACUCCGUCCUUUGUUGGUUCUUCCCGUCUAUUCCUCCCUUCCCCCUCGUGAGCAGAAGCGGAUAUAUGAGGUGCCUCCGCCAAACACCAGGAAGGUUGUUAUCGCCACAAAUAUUGCGGAAACGUCCAUCACUAUUGAUGGCAUAGUGUAUGUUGUGGACUGUGGACUGUGUAAGCAGAAUUACUAUAACCACCGGGCAAUGAUAGAGGAACUUCGGGUGCUUCCCAUUUCACAGGCAAGUGCUACACAGCGGGCGGGCCGUGCUGGGCGUACACGGGAAGGUGAUUGUUAUCGUCUUUACACAACCUACACGUUUCAUAAUGAGUUCCCCUCGGAAACCGUUCCCGAGAUUUUGCGGUCUUCGAUGAGCUCUGUCGUUCUGCAACUCAAGGCUCUUGGCAUCAACAAUUUACUUCAGUUUGAGUUUAUUGAUGCACCGUCGACGGCCUCACUAGAGCGAGCCUUGGAUCACCUAUACCUGCUUGGUGCCAUGAAGCAAGAUGGCCGACUGACACUUACCGGGAGGCGCAUGGCAGAGUUCCCUUUGGACCCGUCGCUAAGCAAAAGUGUUAUUCGUGCCUCUGCAAUGGGGUGCUUGCGACACAUGGCAAUUGCUGUGGCGAUGCUUUCUUUGGACUCCAUUUUCAUAAAUACAAGAGAUCCAAAGGAGCGUAUAGCCAUGACGAGCGCAAGGGAUAAGAUGUUUUCCUCCGGCAAUGGCGAUGUUGUUGGCUAUGUUCGGCUAAUGGAGGAGUGGCUGCGGUCAGGGUCCUUGAAGCAGGAAUUCUGCGAUACAAAUUAUGUGAAUUCUAAGUCUCUCUUGCGCGCGCGGGACAUUCUUGACCAAAUACUCAAAACGUGUGAGCGACUUGGUUUUGAUCUUCCAAAUGGACAGGAAGCUGAUGCUCUCUCUGUAGAGGCUUUGACAAAAGCUCUGCUUUCAGGGUUCUUUAUGAACGUUUCCGUACUAGGUCUGGAUAAACGAACGUACUCCAUUGUGCGCCCGAUUGACCCCACCGUAAGUCGUUUGGGUGCUGCAUCUCAAGUUGGCAGUGGUAAUCGCUUCGGUGAUGCAGAAUCUGCGGUGGAGUUACAUCCCUCAAGUUAUCUUUUCCGAACUGGCACGAGCACACAUGGUGAGAGAAGUAAAGGUUUACCUCCUACUCCUUCCAUGGUUGCGAUGGAAGAAAGACCACGCCUCGUAGUUUUUACACAGCUUCGCUGCACGAAAAAGCGGUACAUGAUGCACGUUACGGCCGUCCCAUCCGCCGACUGGGUGUUGGCCGUCGCCCCUGUAAAUUACUUUACAAAGGAAGAGUUGGAGGUCGAAACGCACAAGCGGAAACACGUUUGA